CUUUCAUUGCCGCAGGUGAAGCGCUCAGCGGUUCCGGCUCAUCGAAAACUUUGACGCUGCAUGAAGUGGAGCAGGAUCAUACGCCGACAAAGGAUAAACAUUUAAUCAAAAUGAAACGAGAACACAAGGCUGCAAGAACUUUGGGUAUAAUUAUGGGCACAUUCAUACUCUGUUGGCUGCCAUUCUUCCUUUGGUACACCAUCACAACUCUGUGCGACUCAGUUGCACCCGACAUUGUGGUCGCCAUACUCUUCUGGAUCGGUUACUUCAACUCAACGCUGAAUCCCCUCAUCUAUGCUUACUUCAAUCGUGAUUUUCGGGAAGCAUUCCGCAACACCUUGCAAUGUCUUUUCUGCAAUUGGUGGCGAGAACGCGGUCUGCCGCUCGACAUCGAUAUACGACGCUCUAGUCUGCGCUAUGAAACGCGCACCAAAAGUGUCUACUCUGAGAACUAUUUGAGCGCCAGCCAACCACCCAGGCGCACCAGCCAGCUGGUCGAGAGUUUAUAAUACAGCCGUGACGACUCGCUGUUGUCGGUGACGCGAACACCGCCACAGCGGUCCACGUCAAUGC